AUGGCCACCACCGAACUUUUACAUAAAGACCCGUCAUACAGUAAAUACGUCUUUACUAAUGAAAUGAUGGAAAAGAAACUUCCUCGAAGUGCUUAUUUGAAGCUUCAAAUGUUAUUUGAGAAUGGAGGGACAUUAGAUCCGAGUACAGCCGAUGUGAUUGCGUUUGGGAUGAAAGAAUGGGCCGAAGAGUUAGGAGCGACGUGUUUCACUCAUUGGUUCCAACCCCUAUCAUCCUCGACCGCACGGAAGUAUGACUCUUUCCUAUCAGUGAAGCAUCAAUGCUCAAGACAACACAUCUCACAACUCCUCUCGGAGUUCACUGGAAAGCAAUUGAUUCAAGGAGAACCUGAUGGCAGUUCAUUCCCAAAUGGAGGCCUUCGAAACACGUCCCAAGCUCGUGGGUAUUCUGCUUGGGAUUACAAUUCCUCUGUUUUUGUCAUUAAAGAUGAAUUUGGUGGUGUUUUAUACAUCCCCGCAGUAUUCUGCUCCAUUUUUGGAUUGUCUUUGGAUACCAAAACGCCACUCUUAAGAAGUGAGAAGGCCGUCGACGAGACCGUCUCGAACUUUUUGGAUAUGAUGGCGAUGUUGUACGACACGCCUAAGAAAACGCCGGAGCAACAUGUUUCUGUGACUGUUGGCCUUGAGCAAGAGAUGUUUAUGAUCGACGAGAAAAUUGCGAAGAAGCGAGAGGAUCUGAUGGAGACUGGAAAGACUUUAGUAGGUCGUCUACCGAGUAAAGCGCAACAAAUGAAAGAUCAUUAUUGGGGUGUUAUGCCACAACGUAUCGUCGAUUGUUUAAGUGAAGUGAAAAAGUCGAUGUGGGAAUUAGGUAUUCCAAUCACCACAAUUCACAACGAAGUCGCUCCAGCACAAUAUGAAGUCGCUCCCAUCUUUGAGAAAGGAAGUAUUGCUUCAGACCAUAACACCAUAUUUAUGGAGCAAUUAGAAGCAAUAGCCAAGAAGCAUGGAUUAAAGGUGUUAUUCCAUGAGAAACCAUUUAAAGGAGUCAAUGGGAGUGGAAAACACUUGAACUGGGCGUUAUUCUGUGACGGGCAAAAUUUGAUGUCGUUCAAGUCUUCUGAAGCAGAACGUAUCACUUUUCUCUUCUUAACUUCCGCGUUAUUAAAAGCAGUGGACGACCACUAUGACCUCGUCCGCGCAGCUACGUUAACGCCGGGAAAUAUCGAUCGACUCGGUGGCUUCGAGGCACCACCGAGUUUCGUCUCGAUGUUUAUUGGAGAACGUUUGGAACGAUGCAUCGACGAUAUGUUACGCGAUGAAGCCGCAUUAGAUUGCUCACCAUUGUUAGUGUCGUUUGGGAUAGAGACCUUACCAAGCUUCACAAGAGACCAAAGCGACAGAAAUCGAACAUCGCCAUUCGCAUUCAUCGGAAAUCGAUUUGAGUUCAGGGCGGUGGGGUCGUCACAAAAUCCAGCAUGGCCGAUGACUGUUAUUAACACCAUUUUUGCUACUGCGGUGAAUGAAAUGAUGAAUCAAGUCAAAGCGUUGAACAAGAGUGGGAGCUUGGGUCGUGAAGCAAUCGAAAGAGUUAUUAAAGAUACAUUAAAGAACCAUAAUAAAAUAGUUUAUAACGGCGAUUGCUACUCCGAAGAAUAUGAAGCCGAAAUGACUAAACGAGGCUUUAAGUCGCUCAACAACACGUCAGAUGUCCUUCGUGAGAUGUUACAAGUGCGUAACAUCGAUGUCUUUGAAAACAUGAAUGUGAUGUCAAAGCAAGAAACUGCAGCGCGAGUCGCCAUUUAUGAGGAACAUUUUGUGGAAACGAUUUUAUUAGAAGCUAAGUUACUUUGUGAAUUGGUGAGAAGAAAGUUUGCACCAGAAACAUUACAAAUGGCUGCGAAAAUUUCAAAGGAAAUUGAGACAGUGAAAUGUGAGAUGCCUGCUUUUAAAUUAGUUGUAAGAGAUUUAACAGCCACGGCAAAUGAAAUGUUGGCACAAUCUCAAAGACUCAAUGAUGAAAUUGAUAAGAUCGAGAUCGCUUUUGAAGGAAGACUCCUUUUGUGUGAAAAAAUUGUGUUCCCCUUAACUAAAACUAUUCGCACUUAUGUCGAUCAUGCGGAAAACUUGGUUGAUAAGGAGACCUGGAAUUUCCCGUCGUAUGAAGAAAUUUGGGAGGAACAUUGCUAA